AUGAAUAGUGCCUGUGCCAUGCCAGCUGAGUGCAAUUGCGAUAGUGCUAAUGAUGUUGAUGAUGAUGAUGUUGAUGAUGAUGAUGAUGAUGAUGAUGGGGACCAAUUUCGUUCGUGUCACUGUGCCAAAACACCAUACAAAAAAAGCUAA